AUGGCAAUGGCAAUUCUCCAAGACCUCUUGCAAGAAUACAUAAACUCAUUGUUUGUUGAGGAGCUAGUGAAUGAUCAAUUUUUGUCUCUGAAAAACACUGAAGAACUAGACUGUGUUGUACAGAUGAUUGAAAAGUACUUUGAAUAUGUUGACAUGAUCCUUCCAGAGCUUUCUUGUCAAUUUGAUAAUUCAAAAGUUGACUUCUCUAAGUUGGCAUCCCUAGUUCGUGAGAUAGAGGAAAAGAGCACCAGCAUUGGUACAGAGCAUAUGAGACUUGCAUGUUCAGUUCUCAUUAAAGCUUGUGACGAGAAGAAUAAAAAAAAUUUUACUCAAAGUCUACUCUGGCUUAAGCGUGAAUUUAGCAAUACUAAGAAUAAAUUGACGUCUAUUAUUCAGAUGGAGAGAAGGAUUAGAAGACUUAAAGAAAAGAGAUUAAGAUCACUAAACUAGAGUUUAUGUGCAGUUGACUAAUGUUAAGUUCUCCUCCUUUUGAAUCACAUGAAUUCUGGUUUUGAGAAGCUUGCUGGUUUGAGUGUCUGAUUUAUUUGAAUCAUUGGAUGAGCUCAAAGAAAUAUGAUCCUUUCCUUGCUAUUUAAUUUUUCUUUGGAUCUGUGUGUUACUAACUUUUUCAUAUGAUUGUAGUUGUGUUGCAAAUAUACAAGACUAAACGAAGGAGAAUAUUUGAUUACAGAG